UUGGAGAGAUGAUGUUUGGCUCAGUAGCAAUGAGCUACAAAGGAUCUACCUUAAAAAUUCAUCAGAUCCGUUCCCCUCCACAGCUCAUGCUCAGCAAAGUUUUUACCGCACGGACUGGUAGCAGUAUCUGUGGAAGUCUCAAUACGCUGCAAGACAGUCUUGAAUUCAUCAAUCAGGACAACAGUACAUUAAAGGCUGAUAAUAACACAGUUAUUAAUGGAGUACUUGGAAAUAUAGGUCUUUCACAGUUCUGCAGCCCCAGGCGGGCAUUCUCUGAGCAGGGUCCGCUCCGCCUGAUCAGGAGCGCCUCUUUCUUUGCAGUUCACAGCAACCCAAUGGACAUGCCAGGAAGAGAGCUGAAUGAGGACAGGGACAGUGGCAUAGCACGCUCUGCAUCUCUCAGUAGCUUGCUUAUCACUCCGUUUCCCUCCCCAAACUCCUCACUUACCCGAAGUUGUGCCAGCAGCUACCAACGACGUUGGCGACGCAGCCAAACAACAAGUUUGGAAAAUGGGGUAUUUCCUAGAUGGUCUAUAGAAGAAAGCUUUAAUCUGUCAGAUGAAGGCUGUGGCUCUAACCCAGGAAUUGUGAGGAAAAAGAAGAUUGCAAUUGGGGUAAUCUUUUCAUUAUCCAAAGAUGAAGAUGAAAAUAACAAAUUUAAUGAAUUCUUUUUUUCACAUUUUCCUCUCUUUGAAAGCCACAUGAACAAAUUAAAGAGUGCAAUAGAACAGGCUAUGAAAAUGAGCCGGCGAUCAGCUGAUGCCAGUCAGAGGAGUUUGGCAUAUAAUCGAAUAGUUGACGCUCUAAAUGAAUUCAGAACAACAAUUUGUAAUCUUUACACAAUGCCACGAAUUGGAGAGCCUGUCUGGCUUACAAUGAUGUCGGGGACUCCAGAAAAGAACCAGCUUUGCCAUCGUUUCAUGAAGGAGUUUACUUUUCUAAUGGAAAAUGCUUCCAAAAAUCAAUUCUUGUCAGCUCUCAUUACUGCAGUUCUUACCAACCACCUUGCCUGGGUUCCAACAGUCAUGCCAAAUGGACAACCACCUAUAAAAAUAUUUUUAGAAAAGCAUUCUUCUCAAAGUGUGGACAUGUUGGCAAAGACUCAUCCAUAUAACCCACUUUGGGCACAACUAGGAGACUUGUAUGGCGCUAUUGGCUCUCCUGUACGGUUAGCGAGGACUGUGGUAGUUGGAAAACGACAAGACAUGGUCCAGAGGCUGCUUUAUUUUCUAACUUAUUUCAUAAGAUGCUCUGAACUUCAGGAAACCCAUCUUUUAGAAAACGGAGAAGAUGAAGCCAUUGUUAUGCCAGGCACAGUAAUUACGACCACUUUAGAAAAAGGUGAAAUAGAAGAAUCGGAAUAUGUGCUUAUCACAAUGCAUAGAAACAAAAGCAUUUUGCUCUUUAAAGAGUCAGAAGAAACAAGAACUCCUAAUUGUAACUGUAAAUAUUGCAGUCAUCCACUUCUUGGGCAAAACAUAGAAAAUGUUUCACAACAAGAGAGAGAAGAUAUUAAAAACAGCUCUAAGGAGCUGCUAGGAAUUUCAGAUGCAGGCCAAAUGAUUACUCCUCCUGACUGCCAAGAAGAAAAUGCUGCUGAUGUUAAACAGUACAGAGAUAAAUUAAGAACUUGCCUUGACAACAAGUUAGAGACAGUUGUUUGCACAGGAUCUGCUCCAGUAGACAAAUGUACAUUAUCAGAGUCAGCCUUAGAGCCAGCAGAGAAAACAUGGCAGAGUGAAGAAUUGCUGGAUUCAGAUAAUCACACAGGCAAAGCGAUGAGAUCCACAGGAAUGGUUGUGGAAAAAAAACCUCCAGAUAAAAUCGUGCCUGCUGCAUUUUCUUGUGAGGCAACCCAGACAAAGGUUACUUUCCUGAUUGGGGAUUCUAUGUCACCUGAUUCAGAUACUGAACUCAGGAGUCAGGCAGUGGUGGAUCAGAUUACCAGACAUCACAACAAACCAUUAAAGGAAGAAAGAGAAGAUAUUGAUAAGAAUCAAGAAACUGAACAAACUAAGGACCAAUCUGGAGAGUCUAAUAUACAGAACAUGGUAUCUGGAGAGCCCUAUGAACUUUCCAGUUGGAAUCAUUCAGACCAGGAAAGCAUGAGUUUAUUUGACGAAUAUUUUAAUGAUGAUUCAAUUGAAACCAGGACUAUUGAUGAUGUUCCAGCUAAAACAAGUACAGACAGUAAACACUGUUGUAUGUUAGAAUUUUCAAAAAGAUUGUGUACAAAGAAUAGCAAACAGAAAAAUGAAUUUUGUAAAUGUAUAGAAACAGUUCACCAAGAUUCAUGUAAAACCUGCUUUCCUCAGCAGUAUCAAAGAAAUAUGCUCUCCAUUCUUGUCCCCCGUGGGGAUAAAGAGAGUUCAGAGAAAAAAAUUGCUGUAGGAACUGAAUGGGACAUUCCAAGAAAUGAAAGUUCAGAUAGUGCCCUUGGAGAUAGUGAAAGUGAAGAUACAGGCCAUGAUAUGACUAGACAAGUCAGCAGUUUUUAUGGAGGAGAGCAAGAAGACUGGGCAGAAGAGGAUGAGAUACCUUUUCCUGGGUCAAAGUUAGUUGAAGUGAGUGCUGUUCAGCCCAACAUUGCCAACUUUGGGAGGUCCUUGCUGGGUGGCUUCUGCUCAUCUUAUGUGCCUGACUUUGUUCUUCAAGGAAUUGGUAGUGAUGAGAGGCUCCGUCUGUGUCUCUUUUCAGAUUUGUCUCAUGCUGUGCAGCAUCCAGUGUUGGAUGAACCAAUAGCAGAGGCUGUCUGUAUUAUAGCUGACAUGGAUAAAUGGACUGUCCAAGUAGCCAGUAGCCAGAGACGAGUGACAGAUAAUAAAUUGGGAAAGGAAGUAUUGGUUUCCAGUCUUGUUUCCAACCUGCUUCAUUCCACUCUUCAGCUUUAUAAGCACAACUUGUCUCCGAAUUUUUGUGUAAUGCAUCUUGAAGACCGGUUGCAGGAGCUUUACUUCAAAAGCAAGAUGCUGUCUGAAUACCUGAGGGGGCAGAUGCGUGUUCAUGUCAAGGAGCUGGGAGUGGUUCUGGGGAUUGAAUCCAGCGAUCUUCCUCUACUGGCUGCUGUAGCAAGCACUCACUCUCCUUAUGUUGCUCAAAUACUACUUUAACAUGCCUAAAGGUUGUUACAAAUUAACUUUGGUGAAAAGUUUAGUAGAAACCAAGGAAGCAGAUACAACAUACACUUAUGGAAUUGUGUAUGUUUUUUUCCCUGUUAGAUUUCUAUCUGAAUGAGUCAGUCACUGUUAUAUCCUGAAUUAAUUGCAUUACCUAUUCUGUCUGCGAUGGAUGGCUUUUUCUUUUUGACUGGACUUUUGGGUAGUGGUAUAUUUUUAAUCAUGUGAAACUAAAGCUGCAUACAAAAUUUGGGGUGAGGGAAACAUUUGAAAAAGCCAAAUCGUAACUUAGAAAUUUCUACAAAAUGAAUAAUAUCAAGGAAUUUCAUGUGAUCACUAUGAUGUUGUCACACUCAUAAAUAGCAACAGAUGUCUCAUGAUUAAAUGGCCAGGAAAUAGUCAUUUCAUUUGUUUUUAAUUUUUUAUUUCUACGGUACAGAGAGACCUAUAUAACCUUGAUUAUUUGUUAUUUUGUUUUGCAAUUCAAAACAGCUAAUUUCUGGUUAUUUCUCAAAGUAUGAGGGGACUUCAAAAAGUUCAUAGAAAAAUGGAAUUGAAAGAUAAUACAAAUUUCUCCAUGAACUUUUUGAAAUCCCCUUGUAUUUUAAACAGUCUGUUCAUUGUAACAGACUCAAAAUAAUGAGUAAAUGUGUGUUGUUAACCACCCAAGUGUACAUAUGUAUCUAUUUUUUAAAAAAGCAGAAGUAGGAAUACAAGAUUGGUAAACAUACCUUUUUAAAAAAUAUUUUCAACUAGUAUUAAUUGUAUGUAAUGUCAAAAUGUUACUUUCUAGUGAUUUUUCUGUUUCACGCACUCUAAAAUACAAGUAAAGUCAAUCUUUUUUUAAGGCUGAGGAAUAUAGAUUCCCCAAUUAAGAAUACUACUUUAUACCAUUUGUUUAUAAGUAUGAGCUAAUUCUUAU